AUGGAGGGUUCUAAUUCAAAAAUAAAAAGUGACCACUUAGAAGAUGUUCCAUCGAAAAAGUUUAAAUUCAGUGAUGAUGAGCUUCCGCAAAAAAGAACAGUGGCUACUAUGUGUGGUGCUUGGAGACCAGAGGAGGAGGAUGGUGGCUUUAUUUUGGUUUUUAAAACUCGAAAACCGUGUCUAAGUCCGGAUCCAGAAAGGGAGUGUGACUAUCCAGAGAAUAUCGAAGACUUCUGGGAGGCAACUUUCCAGAGCGACGUUGAUAAUCAGUUAACAAUGGAUAAGUGGCUAAUAAAACGCACAUCUACAGAUGCAGGUAGCGGAAGUCCUAAUAAAGCAUCACAAAUCAAAAGAAUUAAACACGUAGUUCUUGACAGCAGUGUUGCCUCAGAUUCUACAAUGACAACUACUGUUACGAGUAAUAUAAGUCGUGAGACCAAUGCCACCACUUCAAGUACUAGUAGUGUUAUUACUAUCGAUGAAAGCAGAGAAACAUCUAGUUCCACUACUAUAACUAUUAGUCAUAAGAGCGAUGAUUGUAGUUCAACAGCCACAUCUACCUUACACAUCUAUACAGAGAGUGACGCUUCAACUUCAACUAAACAAGCAACAGCUACAUCGGAGACAAGUGGGAAGCGUCAACGCAUCUUUAAAGAAUCGUACAUCCAGUUUGGUUUUAAAUGUACAGUGUUGAAUUUUGAAUAA